AAAGAUUCCAGCUUCAGGUGCAGACAGCAGAGUAGCCGGACUCACGGAGCUCUCUCUCUGUCACAGUUGCUCUCCCUAUGCCUUUCUUUAUGUACCAAUCGUGCCCUCAGGCCGAACCUGCUCAGUCGGUACCGGGACCCCAGGGGGAGAGGGAAUCCGGUACCAACCCAGCUGCACUCCGGUACCAACCCAGCGGUACCGACACCGAAUCUGCCGGUGAGGAGGAGGGGCCCGAUAGUUUCAGGCUGCACCUGAAUGGAUCCUCAAGCGAUUCGGCCCCGACUGACCCUCAGCAGCCGGCACAGCCAGAGGGAACACACAGAGAAGCAAAUGAAGGAGAAGCAAGACCCCGUGACUGCAUACAGACUCGCUUCAAUAGGUACAAAGAGAUUUUGUCCAAAAAAUGGAAGAUUCUCAUCCCGGGUGGAUUCAUAGUUAUUCUUUUAGUAGUUGUAGUUCCAGUCUCUGUGUGUUUCUCAGCAAUCGGCAACCUACCUCAAAAUAUUUCAAGAGAACUGCCAGCAGAUUCUAGUUUAUUGGCUGGAGAUCUUCUCUGGAAGCCGUGCCACGGAAUAAUGCUGAAUAUAUCUAACCAAGAAUUAUCCUGGGAGGGCAGCCAGCAGCACUGUGCCAAGUACCAUGCCCAACUGCUUGAUAUCAACUUUACCCAGGCCGUACGGGACUGUAUCGUGGACGCUGAAGACUACUGGAUUGGGCAGGACUGUGACUUAACUAACAGCCCAACCUGUAAAGCUUUCAACAAAAAUGAUGGAAUUGUGCCACUUCAUCCUAGCACGGAGAGAUGGUUCAUUUGCACUAAAUAGUGUAACGGCCUUAGAAUGAGAGCUCAAAUACCGAGGGGACAGAUAUGAGGCUGCAAGAGAAGAGACAAACUUUAAGAAGAUUAUGGCUGCCUUGUUGCCUCUUACUUGCCUACUGUUUUUGACUUUUGAUUUUGGGUCAGGCUUUUCACUUCUGACUUUUCCAAGAUUUAUUAUGCAACAAAACUGGAACAAUCUCCGAAUCCGCUCCAACUGAAACCCGUCGAUCCUGCAGAAGCCAAUGGCAAAUGUUUCUUUAGUGGUUUUUGACUCCGGCUUUUGUCUGACAA